ACUUUUAACCAUUCUACCUAUCAACCAUCAUGACCACAGUCCCCGAUAUCAUGAGUCCAGCGCUGGAUGCUGGUCCAAGUACCAGGAGCAUCGCGCGCACUGGCCUGGACGCCCUUGAACAUUACAAGACCAAAGAUGCCUCCAAAGUUGUCGUCCGGUUCAAAUCCAUUGGCGCAGCUCCCAUCAUGAAGAACAACGUGUUCAAAGUCACUGCAGGGAACAAGUUCCAAGCGGUCAUUGUCUUCUUGAGGAAUCAGCUCGGACUCAAACAAAGCGAUCCAUUAUUCACCUACAUCAACGCGGCAUUCGCGCCUGCUCCUGAUGACACUGUCGGCAACUUGUUCAAGUGCUUUGGGACUGAAGGGCAUCUGAUAGUGAACUACAGCAACACACAGGCCUGGGGCUAAUUGACAGCCAUUGGACAAGUUCACUCUCUUUUUCGCUUGCAACACUCUGUAU